AUGUGUAGUAAUAAACUUCUCAAGAAAAUCGGUAGCAUAAUUAGCAGAAAGUUGACUCCUGAAGAAAAAGAUAGUAAAUUCAUUAGAGAAGAAACUAUAGCUCCACUUGGAUUGACUAUAAUCCCACCUACAUUUAUCUCUAAUAUAAAAAAUAAUGCCUGUCUUAGUAAUAAAAAAUCUAGCACGAUUCCAACUGAAAUACUCAUAGAAAAAUCUAACCCUAAAACACCAAACUAUAUUUUACUGGAUAUUCAUGAUUUUUACAAAAUACUUCCUGGGAAAUCAAAAGAUUCAUUGUAUCGCAGAUCAAAUAUCUCUACAACUUCUGAUUCGAGUACUUCAAAUGUUGAUUCCACAUCUAGUUCAGGAAUAGAAAGCCUUGCCCAUGCUUCGCAUAAUGAAGCUAGUAUUUCUGAUACAAAUCUCAUCAUGUUAUAG